GAAGAGGCUUGGUCUGCGCUAUGUAAUUCCACGCCACACCGCAAGAGGGACAAACACGAAGUAGCUAUGGCUGGGAUUGUGGGUGUGGUGGUUGGCGUGUUUCUCUUCCUGUUACGGAGGUCAUUCAACAACAACAACAAUGGCGACUGAACCAAUGCGUACUUUGGCUGAGAUAGAACUAAUAAAUCUAGAAAUAGAAGAAAUAUUGUUACUGAAGCUGGCAGAGAGGCAAAAGAAGCGUCGCAGAAGAUGGUCUGUUCGCCCUUUGAAUGUCCCUCGGAGAGAAACCGGGGAAUUUGCUACACUUGUGCUACCGAUGAGAGACGACGAGGAAAAGCAUUUCAAGCAUUUCAGGAUGUCCGUGUGUCGGUUUGACGAGCUUGUUCGCCGUCUACAGCCCCUCAUCCAUCACCAGACGACACACAGUUCGCCCGUGAGUGUUCCAGAGAGACUGGCCGUGGCGCUGCGUGUUUUGGCUUCGGGUGCAAACCAACAGACGGUCGCACAGAGCUACAAACUAGCGUCCUGCACGGUGUCUGGGAUAGUGUCCGAGGUGUGCCAGGCCUUGUGGACGGCACUACAGCCAGAGUUUCUGCCUUUACCCACAACAGCCAUGUGGGAAAACAUCGCGGCUGACUACUGGAGAUUGUGGAACUUCCCAAAUUGCGUUGGAAGUAUCGGUUGCAAACGCGUCAACACGAAGCCCCCUUCACGACCAGGGAGCGACCAAAAGGGGGCCCACAACAUAGUGUUGAUGGCGAUGUGCGACGCAAGAUAUCGCUUCACAAUGGUGGACGUCGGAGCCUACGGACGUGAGAGCGACGGUGGGGUGUUCAAGGAGAGUAUCUUCGGGUCCUUGCUCCUCGAUCACCAGCUAAAUCUGCCCCCACCAGCUGACCUUCCCGGGACCUUGGUUAAGACCCCCCAUGUUAUUGUUGGGGACGCGGCUUUCCCCCUCCACUGCAACCUCAUGCGACCAUUUCAAGGACCUAAUCUGCCUCAUGACAAGCAGAUCUACAAUUACCGACACAGCAGGGCAAGACGGAUUAUUAACAACACAUUUGGCAUCAUGGUUGCACGGUGGAGGAUCCUCGGACGGCCAAUUGAGUUUUUUCCCGACAAAGCUAUGGAUGUGGUGAAGGCGUGUGUGGUCCUGCACAACUACCUCACCCACACAGACAUGGUGGCAUGCCCAGAGGCACGCUACAUACCCCCCAGCUAUCCAGACCUGGAAAAGGCUGGGUCUUUGAGGCCUGGUGAGUGGCGAGCCGAAGUCACUGGGGAUUCCAACAUGAAGCCUAUUGACCCAUCAAUGAUGUCCAGAGCUCACGCCACCAGAGCAUCUACCGCAGUGAGGGGAGACCUGAUGUCUUUCUUUCAGACAGAGCGUGGAUCUGUUCCAUGGCAGAACGAGGUGGUGACUCGUGGUACUCUUGAAGAGUGAUGGUCCUCAGUAAUGACUUUUCCCAACUCUUGCACACUGUUUUUUUUUUUUUUUUAACUUGAUUUUAUGUUUUAAAUUGUGUAUGCUGUUUCAUGUUUACCCAACCAUUUCAGAAAA